AGUAGUGGGGUUCUCAUGGUCAACCUAUGUAGAGAGAGAGACAUGGGGAUUUUCAUAAUUUCUCACGCCAGAUUCGUUUCUCUACUCAUUCAUUCCUUUGAUUAAUAAUCAUCGUAGCCACCCACCACCUCCCAAAGUCUUCAUUCUUUUUCAGUUUUUCUCGUCCUCCUCCUCCGUCUCCGUUCCUUACAAGAGGAUCGACACAACUCAGACAAAAGUCCAUAUUUCUACCGGUGCCGUGUUUGAUUGAAAUCGAUCCAACAACAUGGGGUUUGAGGAGGAUCUGUGCAACACGGGGCUUGGUCUAGGUUUGGGCUGCGAAGGUAAGCCUGCUGAGACACGACCGAGGUCUACUGAUCAUCGAAGGAAUAAACCAUGCUUGAACUUUGACAACUUAUUCUUAUCCUCCUCCACUACGUCAAUGGCAAUAACCAGCGAUGAGCCGUCUCUAACGUUAAGCCUUUCGGACGAGAAAUAUCAAGCCGUGAAGAUCGACGUGAACAAGGCUUGUGACAAUUCGGCCACCGAUGUGUGCCGGCAAACUUCUCCUCAUAGUGGUAUCUCAUCUUUUUCCAACGCUAGCGUCAAGAAGGAGAGGGAUCUGGGGAAUGAAGAAUUGGAGGUAGAGAAGGUGUCUUCCAGGGCCAGCGAUGAAGAUGAAGAGGGUAGUGCAAGGAAGAAACUUAGGCUUACCAAAGAACAAUCUGCCCUCUUAGAGGACAGCUUUAAAGAGCACAGUACUCUCAAUCCGAAGCAAAAGCAAGCCUUAGCGAAACAAUUGAACCUGCGGCCUCGACAAGUGGAAGUUUGGUUCCAAAACAGAAGAGCCAGGACAAAGCUGAAGCAAACGGAAGUAGACUGUGAAUUCUUGAAGAAAUGCUGUGAAACGCUCACAGAUGAGAACAGGAGAUUACAGAAGGAGCUACAAGAGCUAAAAGCUUUGAAGCUAGCGCAGCCUCUAUACAUGCAGCUGCCGGCGGCCACGCUCACCAUGUGCCCAUCAUGCGAGAGGAUCGGCGGCAUCACCAGCGAUGGAUCCACUAAGACUUCAUUUGCGAUGGCACCCAAACCUCAUUUCUUUAAUCCCUUCACCCACCCAUCUGCAGCUUGUUAGAAGAUGAGAAAACGCAGCACUAGUAUCACAACCACAAUCCCUCGUCUUUUUGUUCAGGGCUUGUAUGUCUCGAUCUCCAGUUCUUUUUUUUUUCCUUCUUAGGAAAAAUUAGUGUCAUUAAUUGAUCUUUUGUAGGAAGAAAGAUUAAUGGUUAGUAGAAACUAGAAAAAAAAAGUCUCAUGUCUCUCUCAUGCUCUUGUAAAUUGUAUCAACAAUAUUAAUUAUAUCCAUGAAUAGAAAUUUUCCCUUUUGUUCC